UAUUUUUAAAUCCUCUAAUCCCACCCAUUUGCACUCGCAGUGCGGUGCUUUGUGACAGCAAGUCACAGCGGAAUAGAACUUGAAUGAAUUCAGCUGAAGUUGAGGCAAGUUGGCCUCAAGACGCAAAAACAGAGAUAAACAGAAUAAAUACGGCCCCUAACUAUUAUGUUGUCCUACAUGUCACACCAAACUCUUCGGAGGCAGAUAUAAAGAGAAACUAUUAUAAACUUGCCAGAAUUCUUCACCCCGAUAAGUGUAAGGAACCUGGAGCUGAGGAUGCUAUGAAAACGGUGGCCUUGGCAUAUGACACCCUGACGUCGCCAAUCAAGAAGAGACUGUAUGAUUCUUAUAUGACUGACACUAAUAACCAAAGCGGAGAACACGUAGAAAGCUAUGCUGAGUGGGAGGCAAGACAAGGACAGGUUCAGUUACCGGCGUGGCUAGAACGGCUCUUAAGAAUAAGAGGUGUGAGCUGGAUAGUUCUAAUUGGUUUGCUCAUCUUGCUCAUUCCCUUGUUAAUAAUCGUCUUUUUGCUGAGCAUAAUAGCUUGGGUCCUUUGUAUGCCCGUAAAUUUCUUCAUACGUAUCUUCUUUCCUGAGAAAUACAGGAGAAUGCAAGAAGAGGCAAGAGAACAAGAAGAGCAGUUAGAAGCGGAACGUGCUGCUAUGAGAGCAGCCGCGAACGCUUGAAUAUUUUGUAGAAAGAAUAUGGUUCAUUUGCAAUAUGAAGUUUUUUUGACUGUUUGAAGGGGAAAAAUACUUUGCAUUGUCCAGAGAACAAUGGAAAACGAUGAAACCGCAAACAUAAAAUCUUUUUAAGUAUAUGUAAUUAUACUUUCCUAUAUUUGGUAUUUGAUGAUUCUUUUCACUGACAUAAUACUUUUACAAUAUCCUUGACAAAUACAGGAGUCGAUAAAUUUCUUCAGCGCUGC